AUGUGCAUCCCUGCGGGCGAGCGCCACUGGAGGAUCCCGCCCACACGGAAGGGUGAAAACAGCCGCGGGCCACGCGCGCGCUUCGGUGAGAAUCGCAACAUCUCGUCUGUCUACGCCACCGGCGGCAAAAGCUUCCCCAACGUGUACAGCCACAAGGUCUACCUCAAGCGCGCCAUGACGGAUUGGGCGGAGAAGCGGCUCCUCGAGGUGAUUGGAGAGGAGGAUGAGGUCGUCCUCGCGUAUGUGAAAGGCAUACUGCAGGCCGGGGGCUCGCCCGAGGCCAAGGCCAUCCACGUGACGCUUGACGGCUUUCUCGGCGCCAAGACGACCGGCUUUGUCUCCUCGCUGUGGGAGGUGCUGCUUGAUGCGCAGCAGCAGUCGGAUGGCGUGCCGGCGGCGCUGCGGCAGGCU